CAGGUUGAUAAAAUCAAAAUAGCAGUAUUUGCCCCCAUGACAAAAAUCCGUUGCUUGUACGGUGGGAAUGUUGAGACAAAAGUAUUCGCAUUAUGUUUUUGGUGGAUGCAUAUCUCUUGGGAGGCUACGGAAGAUAUUUGUGACGUAAUCAUCAAGUAGUGUACAUGAUAUGCAGAUUUCCGUGUUGUGAAGGAUAACUGCAUGACAUGUGCAAAAUGUGAUUUUGUAAAGGAUGACUGUAUGAAACGUGUGUGUGUUUAAAACCUUCGUCAUCAUGUUAGUUAAAACAUGCUAGGGACAAAACAAACUGAUGGAUAAAUUACUUGUGAUAUGGAGAAUAUAAACAAUGGAAUAUGAUUAGUCUCGUUCCAGUUCUAUGCAAUGGCAUUCAUAGUUUUUAAUGGAUUGCCCAAAUCAAGGACAUGGGAAAGCUUGAAGUGCCACACAAGAAGACCUUUGGACUUAUAAUAUAAACGGUUUCUCCAGUUAUUAAUAUUUUGCAUUCUGAGUAAUUUGUGUAUUCAAUUCCUAUGCAGUUCUUAAAUUUGGAAUACAUGUCGCCUAGAUUUACAAUAGUUAAAGAUGUUUAGAUACAUUAAGAUACGUUUUUCAAAUAUCUGGAUUCUAAGUGGUAGCUCGUGCCUUGAUGUCACCUAUUACUUUUACAAAAUUCAAUAAAAUAAGGAUUAUGUUUCCUUUACGAAACCAACAACGUUUGUGUAGUUCUUGUUUUUGACGUUACGUAAUGGUUUUAUUUUAACGAAAUGCAAGAAAAUAAAGAUUCUAUGUGUUGGACAAAAACAACAAUGCUUUUUGUCGUUCCAAACCUUUCCUAAUUAAGCACACAAUAUGGUUUGGAAAUAUCAGUAACUGUCCUUGACAAUCAGUAAUGCUUGUACCGUGCAAAUGGUGGUCGAUGUGCUGGAUUUUACCCUUGAUCCUGAUCCACCGUGCUCUCGGCGAGACUUUCACCCUGGGCUUCAUCACGACCAUGAACAGUUCGGACCUCGUCAAGGCCGAGGGACGCAAGAUAGCCGGCGCCAUGACCCACGCCAUCAACGAGGUGAACAGCGACCCCAACAUCCUGGCCAACCACACGCUGCAGUACAUCUUCGCCGACAACGCCGACGACUCUCUGCGGAGCGUGAACUUGAUCACACAACAGUGGAAGAAAGGCGCCAUAGCGUUCUUCGGGCCCGAAGACUACUGCGAGACUGAAGCCAGAGUUGCUGCCUCCUGGAAUCUGCCCAUUAUAGCAUAUAAAUGCAACGACCCGAUCGUAUCUGACAAACACAUAUUUCCGACAUUUGCCCGAACCCAGCCUCCGAGCACCCACUCGGCAAAAUCCGUGAUCGCGCUGAUGGAGCACUAUGGGUGGAAGAAGUUCAGUAUCGUGGUGGAGAAAAUGGACCUGAAGAUUAGGGCGGCCAAGAACCUCAAACACCUGGCGGAGGGGCGCAACAUGACGGUGAACGAUCUGAUGAACUUCACCGGCCCUUACAGCACGCUGUACCACUUCAACGAGAUCCACACCAUCGUGAUGAAAACCUACCUCAGAACUAGAGUGUAUGUAAUCUACUCGCACCCGUCAGCUUUUAUCGACUUCGUGCGCUUCCUCCACAAACUGGGCUUGACGGACAGCGGCGAGUACGUCGUCAUAGGGAUCCGCGACGAUGAGGACUACAACAUCGCGGAGACGGCCGAGUUCUUGUUUAAAGAUGUGGAGUACAAGGCUGACCGUACUAAUGAGUCGGUGCUGGCGUUCCAGCCUGUUCUCCAGCUCCUGUCGAGUCCCCCCACCAACCCCAACUACUCCGCCUGGCAGGAGGCGGUCCGGAAAUACCUGUAUGAACCACCCAUUAACCUGCCGCCGCCACCCUGGAUACACGAGUACCUGGGCAUCAAGGUCAAGGUAACAAUAUUCGCUGCAUACCUGUACGACGCCGUGCACGUGUACGCCAGGGCCAUGGACGAGGUCAUCAAGGCGGGAGGCGAUCCUACAAACGGGACGGAGAUAUUCGCCAGAAUUGCAGACAGAACUUUCAACAGUAUUGAAGGUCACAUGAUUUAUAUCGACAAGAACGGCGACGCCGAGGCCAACUACACCGUCAUGGCCUUGUUUCCGGACAACAACACCUACGGCCACGGCUUGAAGCCCAUAGGACGUUUCAUCAGAGACCUGAACCACCGAAAUCUGGACUAUAUUGAAGAUAUACAAAUUUACGGCGACUUCAUUCCGAGAGAUGAGCCUCUUUGCGGUUACGACGGGGAGCGGUGCAAACCGGAACCAAACUAUGUUGGAUUCAUAGCUGGUGGAUCACUGGGCAGUGUUUGUUUUGUAACCAUCGUGGUGCUACUCUUGGUUUACAGGAACUGGAAAUACGAACAGGAACUUGCCAGUCUUAUUUGGAAGAUUGACAUCAAGGACAUCCAGCAGCAACCUGGAGCCGCGUUCUCUGUGUUGUCCUUUAUCAGCAACAACCCGGGUGUACUGCAGAGCACGGCCAGUCUGAGUUUCGGUCAGGACAGGAACGAACAGAAGUUCACCAAGGCCGGGGUCUACAAGGGAACUCUUGUCGCCAUGAAGCUCGUCAAGAAGCGCCACCUGGAUCUCACACGUGACGUCAAGAUGGAGCUCAAAAUAAUGCGCGAGUUGCGACACAACAACGUGGUUCAGUUCAUCGGCGCCUGUGUGGAGAUGGACCAGAUCCACAUCAUCAUGGAGUACUGCUCCAAGGGAAGCUUGGAGGAUAUUCUGGAAAAUGAUGAUGUCAAACUAGAUAACAUGUUCAUAGCUUCCAUUGUGACAGACAUUCUAAAGGGUUUGAUAUAUUUACACCAGAGUGAGAUUGGUUGCCACGGCGACUUGAAGUCUUCCAACUGCCUUGUGGACAGCCGAUGGGUGGUAAAAAUCACAGACUUUGGCCUCAACAAGUUCAAACAGGGCCAAGAGAUCCCCUACCAUGGGGAGCACGCUCUCUAUAAACGGAAACUCUGGAUGGCGCCUGAAUUGCUGCGAAUGGAGAAGCCGCCACUCGGUGGAACUCAGAAGGGCGACGUCUUCUCGUUCAGUAUCGUACUGUACGAGAUCCUGUUUCGUGCAGGACCGUACGGCGACUGUCACCUUACUCCUAAAGAAAUCGUUGAUAAGGUUAAAGGCGGUAUGCAGGAACAAGGAGAGUACUUCCGACCCAACCUGGCCAGACUCACGUGCGAUGUCUACGUCAUCGAUGUCAUUCAGGACUGCUGGCAAGAGGACCCGGAUCUACGACCUGACCUCAAGACUGUGCGCAAACGACUUAGACCAAUGCAGAAAGGAAUGAAGUCCAAUAUUUUCGACAACAUGAUGUUGUUGAUGGAACGCUAUGCUAACAACCUGGAGGCAGUGGUCUUGGAUCGAACUGUCGAACUCGCCGAGGAGAAGAAAAAAACAGAAAUGUUACUCUACCGGAUGUUGCCGAAAAUCGUGGCAGCACAGCUGGUUCGUGGCCAGCCAGUGAUCCCAGAAGCGUUUGAUCUCGUCACCAUCUACUUCAGCGACAUCUGUGGUUUCACGGCCUUAUCAGCAGAAAGUACGCCUUUACAGGUGGUAGAUCUUCUCAACGACCUGUACACGCUGUUCGACUCCAUCAUCAAGAACUAUGACGUGUACAAAGUGGAGACAAUCGGGGACGCCUACAUGGUGGUGAGUGGUCUGCCCAAGCGUAACGGCAUGAACCACGCGGGGGAGAUCGCGUCCAUGUCACUGGCGCUGCUCAGUGCUAUCCGACAGUUCAAGAUACGUCACAAGCCGGGCACCGUCAUCAAACUGAGGAUCGGUCUGCACAGCGGUUCGGUGGUGGCUGGUGUGGUGGGUAUGACCAUGCCGCGAUACUGUCUGUUCGGAGACACCGUCAACACGUCUUCCAGGAUGGAGUCCACGGGUGAAGCAUUAAAAAUCCACGUCAGCCCAAGGACAAAGGGUAUACUGGAUGAACUGGGAGGAUACGAACUGGAGUACAGAGGACUCAUUCCAAUGAAGGGGAAGGGCGAAAUGCACACGUGGUGGCUGUUGGGGGAGGACAAAAAGGUUCGCGAGAAAAGAACCCGGAAUUCCGACGACAGCGGCGUCCAUCUGGACAACCCUGCAGACACGUCGGACACCCACACGUCUCCUGCACCCCACAACCCGAUUACGAGCAUCACAGCGUUCAACAAUCACUCGUUCAACCCGCACCUGCGGCCCUCGCUCAUCUUCGAGCGAAACCGGGCCUGGCUAACUUCAAAAUCUGAACGAUCCACUCCUGUUGUCCAAAAGGACGCCCCUGUUACCCCUAAAUCUGCUCCUGAGACUAUCAGUACUCACACAAGACGUAUACUGGUCGCGGAGUGUAAGCCGGAGACUUCGAAAUGUGACGUGAAGGCUCACAAUGGACUCUUACCGAUUCUGAAGACUAACGGCUCAGGGUCAAAUAGCUCAAAGGAGUCUUCUGAUGUGGUCAGGGACUCCGACAGAAGGACAUUCUCCUCUAAGACCUCAGCGUCCAAAUCCUCCUCAUCGAAGGCUUCAGGGUCUAAUUUGGCGGUUCCAAGAGUUGCAGACAAUGAUGUGGUUUUGAAGGACAGGACGUAUCAAGACUUGGUGUCAGACAGUAGUAUGGUGAACAACUCCACUUCUUCCAGACACCAGAACAAUGUAACAUUCUCCGACAAUCAGACGUUAUAGUGACUAUGGAGCCUAAAGUUUUAACAGAAGAAUCGUUUUACAACGCGUUAGUCUUCGAGUCCAAACAGCUAUAUCGACAUGUAUAUAGAUCUGGUUGAUGUCGACUGUAUAAAGGGGACACAGCCUUGCACAAGCAAAUAAUUUAUGUGGUUAUCUCCACUUUCUCCCAAUUUCGGAUUUAAAGAGUGUUGUAACAAUUACUCUUGAAUUGUGUGCAUCUCCUACAACGAAUCCAGGAAACUUUUGUCGUUAUCAUGUGCGUCUUUGUGUGUAGCUCCUUCGACGAAUCCAGCAAUAUUCUAUCAUGAUGAUGUACCAUUAUGUAAUCGAGUCUGUUUGUUUCUGUGGAUAUGUGUAGCUCCAAAAGAGAAUCCAGAGACAUUUUGUCAUCAUGAUGUGUGUAUAUGUGUUAAAAUCUUACAACGAAUCCAAAAAAUGGCCAUCACCAUGACGAACUAGUAUGUAUAUAUGUCUGGGGGUUUUUUUUCUGUGUGUUAGCUCCUAAUCCAGGGAACUUUAUCAUCAUGAUGUAUGUAUAUAUAUAUAUAUAUAUAUAUAUAUAUAUAUAUAUAUAUAUAUAUAUAUAUGUGUGUGUGUGUGUGUGUGUGUGUGUGUUAGUAUCACAUUCUCUGUGUCGACAUUUUGUGAAAUUCAUCCCCAUGUCAAGGAUAUAUACAGAAUUGUAUUUUAAAACAUGGCAGCUAUUUUGAGGCUUCACGACGUACGAAGAUUAUAUCCCAGAUAUUUCACUUUGGCCUUUAUGCCAGACGUUUUUGAGACACGUUUGGAACAGUAUACAUAUAGGUUUUUGAGGUUUGUGCAUUUGAUGAAAAAAUUCUGUCUUCCCUUAUGCUCAUUUAGCUCUCGGUUUGUGGCGGCCUUUAUGAAGUGGCAGUCUUUCUACUAACAGAAGUCGACUGUAUUGGCCUGUGAAUAAAUGCAUGCUGUCUUGGGGAGUGACAGCCACCCUCCCUACUCGGCAAAAUCACUGCCAGCCAUUCCAUUCAUAAGAGCAUUCAAAACUAUGGUUCUGAUUCCUGUGGAUGGGGCCUUGGAAGACCACCAUACACAGCCUGAGGAUCUGAUGCUGUUUAAAAAUGAAAGACAAAUCCAUAUUCCGAUAUCAAAAUCAUAUCUCUGUACAAGGCAGUCUAAAGGAUGUUCGGCAAAGUCGUGAUUGCUUCCAUUAUCUACUUCCAGAUGCUCAGGAUUCCAGUUAUUAUUUGAAGGGUUCACGGGAAUAACCUGUGAUGUUACAUUUUUAACAAAGGGAUAUUUGUGAAUUUUAACGUUUACAACUCUGCAGUCGUGGAAUAUUUAUCCCCAAGAAAGCAUAAUUUACCAACAACUUUUAAUGGCCUACCAUAAUACCACGUUUUUAAUUUAUUGCGUCAUCGUGUCCUUGAUACACACGACCGUUAUAAUACUCACUAUAUGUUUGGACAUCAUAGGUUAUUCCCGUGGACACUUCAUUUGUUUUAUGUAGUUAUUUUCUUUACGGUUGCCUUUUGGUUUUAUCCUGACCAUAUCCUAGUGCUCAUGUUGAAGGAAUUUUAGUGCACAUUACACAUCUUUAAUGUUUUAGAUUAUCUUAUACUGUGUACACUGAAUUUGAAAAAUAUGCAUCUUCCAUUUACGUACUGUGUUUAUAACUUGUGUAGUAUUUUAAGUCGUGCAAUAAAAUGAUAUGGGUA